AUGACCAUCAUGACUCAGGGUGACUGUGCCAUCGUGAAGGCACUGGGGCAUGCCGGGCGCACAGCUACAGCCCCUGAUGCAGCCUUGGGAGCCAAAGAACAGAGAAGCAGAGAAAACACCACAGACUCUGGGAUCUGGAGCCUGGACUCUGAUUUCACUUCCUACCUGCAUGCCCUUGCCCCAUCCAGAACUCCCCCUCCCCCCCGUCUCUGUCUCUCCCCAUCUGUCCCUCCUCCCCCUCCCUGGGUGACUCUCCCCCCGUCUCUUCCCUUCUGGCACCCGGAUCCUGACCCCCCCCACGCCCCUCUCUCCCCCAGUGCCUCGCCUUCCCCCUCGGGGCCCCGGGUCCUUCUCUCUCGGGGUAUUUCUCUGCGUGUGGCGUCUCUCCCCAACUUCCUCCCGCUACCAGCCGCUGCCUCCCCCAAUCCCGCCUCCCCCAUCUCUGCCUCCGAGUCUCCGGGCCUCUCGCUCGCUCCCCAGCUUCCUUCUGCCACCCAGACCCUGCCCCCCGCUCCCUCCCCCCUCUCCUCUCCGUGGCCCCCCCGUCCCCAGCCGCUCCCCUCCCCCUCCUCCCUGCCUCCCUCCUCCAGCUCCGCACUUUACCCAGCGACACGAGAACCAAAUUGUCUGCUCACCUUUCUCCCCCACCCCGACCCCCGCUCCCCUGGGGCCGGAACUCGGAGCUGGCCCCCAGCCUCCCCCCGGCCUCCACAGCCCCUCUCCCCAAACGCCUCGUCUCCACCCGCCCAGCCAGGUCGGACGCCUGGGUCCCUCGCUGCUGGGGGAGGGGCGCAGAGAACUGGGAGCCACGGGGUUCUUCUGGGGGGUGCCGACAGGGGGGCUCGGUGUCCCCUCCGCAGCACCGGAGAGCUGACCUAUCGUUCAGAGCUGGCGGCCAUGGCCGCGCUCUGACCCGCCGCCCGCCACCGCGCGCCCCAGCCCGGCCCCGGCCCGGCCCGCUUCCUCCUGCGCUGUGCCCCCCCCGCCGCCGGCACGGCCCCGCCCCCGCUGCCCCGGUGGUGGCCCCCGGCCC